AAAGCAAAGAGAAGGGCAGCAGAAGGAAGCUCCAAUGUCUUCUCCAUGUUUGACCAAACGCAGAUCCAGGAGUUUAAAGAGGCCUUCACUGUUAUUGACCAGAACAGAGAUGGCAUCAUUGACAAGGAGGACCUGCGAGAUACAUUUGCUGCUAUGGGCCGCCUGAACGUGAAGAAUGAGGAGUUAGAUGCCAUGAUCAAGGAGGCCAGUGGCCCCAUCAACUUCACUGUCUUCCUCACCAUGUUUGGGGAGAAGCUGAAGGGUGCUGAUCCCGAGGACGUCAUCAUUGGUGCCUUCAAAGUUUUGGACCCUGAGGGGAAGGGGAAUGUCAAGAAGAAAUUUUUGGAAGAACUCUUGACCACCCAGUGUGACCGGUUCACUCCAGAAGAGAUCAAGAACAUGUGGCACGCUUUCCCUCCAGAUGUAGCUGGCAAUGUUGACUACAAGAACAUCUGCUAUGUCAUCACACAUGGAGAGGACAAGGAAGGGGAAUAAACCCUGAUUUUUU